CAUAUUUUGACGUUUUGGCAACUCUCCCAUUGAAGAUGCUCUAAGCGUUUGUUUUAUAAUCAAACAAUGGUUGUUAGUAAGUUGCACGCAGAUAUCAUCAGUGCAAUGUACGGAUUUCGCCUACAAAGGCAAUGAUUUUUCAGUUGGAUUUACGUUGUUAAAUCUGCUCUCGAGGGGUGUAGGAUUCUUACAUGCUCUAGAGACUUAGAGAGCAGCUGGUUGAGAGAGAAUGGCAGGGGAGGAUGUUAAAGAGACGCUCUUGAAGAAAGAUUACUAUGAGAAUUGCCCAGGAUGCGAGGUAGAUCAGUAUAAAGCGGUGCAGCAUGGUUUGCCAAUAAAGAAACUUUUCUUGAUAUGGAUUGUGGUGCUCGCCACAGUGCUGCCAAUAUCAUCUCUGUUCCCGUUCCUUUACUUCAUGGUAAGGGAUUUUAAUAUCGCAAAACAAGAAGAGGAUAUUAGUUAUUAUGCUGGUUUUGUGGGUUCAUCGUAUAUGCUUGGAAGGGCUCUCGGAUCUGUCUUUUGGGGAAAAGUUGCAGAUCGAUAUGGUCGCAAACCUGUUAUAAUCAUAGGCACUUUUGCAGUAGUUCUUUUCAACGCUCUAUUUGGUCUUAGUACGAACUACUGGAUGGCUAUUAUUAUGAGGUUUCUUCUCGGAUGCUUAGGCGGUGUACCUGGCCCAAUAAAAGCAUAUGCAUGCGAAAUUUUCAGGGAAGAACACCAGGCCCUGGGACUAUCAACUGUUAGUGCAGCAUGGGGCAGCGGGUUGAUAAUUGGACCUGCUUUGGGAGGCUUUCUUGCACAGCCUGCGGAUAAUUUCCCAGAUCUCUUCUCCUCACAAUCUCUUUUUGGAAGAUUCCCAUACUUCUUGCCAUGCCUUGUUAUAUCACUUUUUGCGCUGGUUGUGGAGAUCACUUGCCUUUGGCUUCCGGAAACAUUGCAUAAGCACGAAUCACAUAAGAUUUCAAGUGUUGACUCAUUUGAAAAUUUGGAGAGUGCCCCCUUUCUGUCUGAAACCACUGAAUAUACACAUGGACAGAAAGGAUCAAAACCUGAAGGAAGCCUUUUUACUAACUGGCCGCUGAUGUCAUCUAUAAUUGUUUACUGUGUUUUCUCACUUCAUGACAUGGCUUAUUCAGAGAUAUUUUCAUUAUGGGCUGUGAGCCCUAGGAGGUUAGGGGGCCUGAGUUUUUCAACUGAGGACGUUGGUGAAGUUCUUGUAAUCUCGGGUGUUGCCCUUCUGACCUUCCAGGUUUUCCUGUAUCCACUCUUGGAGAAGAGACUUGGAUGUAUCAUGUUAACUCGUAUAUUGGCAGUUCUUUCUAUCCCUCUUUUGACAAGCUAUUUGUAUAUCGCCACACUAUCUGGGAUUCUUCUCAGUAUAUCGAUAAACUGCGCUUCUGCAUUGAAAAAUAUUUUUAGUGAAUUCAUCGUUACUGGAUUUUUCAUAUUGCAAAACAGGGCUGUGGACCAACACCAAAGAGGGGCCGCCAAUGGAAUUUGCAUGACCCUUAUGUCGCUAUCUAAGGCAGUCGGUCCAGCUAUUGGAGGAGCACUCCUUUCCUGGGCACAAGGCCGCCUAGAGACUGAUUUUCUACCAGGUCCGCAGAUGGUUUGGUUCAUAUUGAAUGUAGUCGAGGCAAUCGGAGUUGCAAUGACUUUCAAACCGUUCCUGGUCGAACGCCAGCUAUGAAAGGCGUCAAGUAUGGUACAUGGAUCAGUCUACUAUAUUACCCUUUAAAUCAUAUUUUGCCACAUUCAAACUUCGGCUUAUAUUGAAUUAUCAAAGACAAUUUUGGGCUUAUAUUGAAUCAGAAUUGCUUAUGGCCAUUUUUCUUGCUUCUUCGGAUAAGCCUCCUGGCAUGUUGCUGCAGUUGAGGAAUAUAAGGAAUUUCGCUUCCAUGUUAAAUUUGAACUUGUACUUUAUUCUUUUGAAUUGGAUAUGCUCCCUCCUGUCAAAACAUUCGAAUUUCUGCUCCUAGUCAAAAUAACCAAUACUGACCAGUAUUUGUUCUCA